AAACACUACGUCUCCGAGGAGGAAAACACGUCGAAGGCGCCGCGGUGCCGCGCGCGCUUCGCGGCCGCGCGGUCAGUAGGAGCGCUCCGCUGCGCGAACGCGAGCGCCGCGAGAUCUUCGAGCGCCGUCCGCCGCGCCGCGUCGUCGUCGGCGGUCGCCUCCACGGCCAGGCCGAAGGCGAGGCAGCGCUUCACGCGCAGCGCUGCGGCGACGGCCUUGCCGGAGCCCGGCGGCAGCGCCAGCAUCGGCACGUCCCGUCGCCGUGCGAGCUCGACAACACCAUCAAGCAGUGCGCGCGGCUCCGCCUCGUCGCAUAAGGCGCACCAGCGCACGCCGUCGCGCUCGAGGCGCCGCGUCAACGCAUUGAGACCCACGAUUACAUCCGUUCUGCGCAGGGCGGGCAGCGCCUUCGCCACGGCUCGGGCCGUGUCGGGCGGCGCGAGCGUGUACGGAGCUUCGCGGUCGCGUCUUUGCUCGGCUCUGCGCUUGCUGGCCUUUUUUGUGACUGCCUUGUUGAGCGCCGACAUCUGUGCGUUGCACUGCUGCACUUUUUGGUGGCUCUCGCCUCGGCAGGCGUCUAGCGCUUCAAGCGCUGGCCCGUUGCCAAGAGUGUGAUCUAUAACGAACCUGCUGUAAUGAUUUCUGAGAGUUGUGGCGCCGCCCAGCAGCUCCUUGCGGCCCUCGUGAAGCUAAAAAGUGCGAGCUUG